UUCCCUCUUUCUCACCGAUUCCUAGGACGGCUACUGUCUCACGCUUUCUAGGACUGUAUUGACCACAAACUCACUGUUCGGGUGGGUGUCACUCUCUAGUGUACUAAUACACCGCGAUUAUCAUACAGCUAUGGUUUCUACGCGACACCAUCCCCGCGACUUUCCGCCUCCAUCAACGGGAAAGGCUUCCUCGCCAUCUAACAACAGCGAUGGCGCCACGAAUAGAUGGGUCCACGCCCCAUCGACUGCGAUCAUUGUUUGGCUCGUCGUGUCAGUUCCGAUAAUUAUCUGGGAUGCAGGCUAUGUGUUGCUCCGUCCGCAUAGCAUGCCAGGCAACAAAUUGCAUUCCCCUGUUUGGAUACCUUAUGCGCUGUAUGGAACAAUUGACUAUAUCUACGGCUGGCCAGCGUUCAAUGCUCGAAACGGUUUCCCAGCAGCAAUUACUGUAUUGAACCUUGUGGAAUGUGCCGGGUACAUCUAUUACCUCUGGAUUGUGUAUAGGCACGGAGUCCCAGCGUCCGGCGGUCGCGGGCAGCGCAAAGCCAAAAAGGGGCUUAUGUGGAUGUUGAGGACCGAAAAGGUGGUCUCUGGACGAACUGGGGCCACUGCACUUCUAGUCGCGUACAGCGCAUCUCUUGCGACUCUCAGCAAGACUGUCAUCUACUGCCUGAACGAGGUUUUCUCCGGCUUUGAUAACAUUGGACAUAACGAUGCCAUAACUCUGAUCUUCCUGUGGAUUAUGCCAAAUGGUCUUUGGAUUGUUUUCCCAGGGUACAACAGCUAUGUCUUAGGCGCAGAGAUUGUGGCUUCCCUUGAAAGCGCCGGGCCACGCCAGCGCGUUGGACGACCCAGGUCGUAGUAGUAGCGGGAACGGCAUUUAUGCGGGGAACUGUUACAUGGCAUGCCACGCGUGGAACAUGAACCGCAGCCGACCUAAGCAUCUUUGGAUGUAAUUAUUCGAUGAGUGAUCUAGUCUGGAGGAUUACGCAUCGGGGUCCGGGCGACGACCGCACUAAUGUGAAGCUCUGCACCCUUAAGCAUACAGGUAUAUUCUCGAGAGUGAACUGGCUAUCUUACCGAACAUGUUCGAAGUACGAAGUAUAGUGGAGGGUAUCCACCUAGUACA